AUGCUAAACAUCAUCACAUCAGUGCUUAAAUUUGCACUCUCAUACCAUGCUAGAACUGCUCGGGCAAACAUUUUUCGAGACAUUCGUGCCCCAUCAUGGCUCAAUUAUUCCUCUGGUUCCAAGGAAAUUAAGUUUUUUGAUGGGAUGCAUGGCCGCGUCAUAGUCCACCUAGUAUAUUUGAAUGUUAUUGCGAACGUUAGUCAGCGCACUGAAAAACUGCUUGUACUUAGUAUUAAUCAGCCUGACUUCGCAGUCCGAACAACCAUCGAUCCGAAUUGUCGCAACGGCUCCACAGCUAGGUCGCAGAGCUCGUCACGCCGAACCUCAUGCGCGACAACCACUUACAUCAAAGUGUCGGAGCAGCAACAAGAAAUGGCGGUGACUGUCACCAUCCUGGAUGAAGCAGAUUAUUUUAUGCACAGUAUUGGAUACGAUAAUAUUCGAGUUCCAGGUCAGACUCUGGCAAUCUACUAA